UUCUCUAUAGCGUCCGGCUGGAAACGCGCGGCGGGAGGCGUUGGUGGGCGGCGCUCCGCGCCCGGCCCCGCUCGGUGCCCUUGGCAGGGGCAGUGCCCGCCGUGGCCAUGGCGGCCUGGCCCGCCGUACCCCUCCUCAUCAACCUCGGCGGGUCGCUGCUGGGCCUUGUGGCCACGCUCACGCUGAUCCCGGCCUUCAAGGACCACUUCCUCGCCGCGCGGCUCUUCGGCGAAGACCUCAACAAGGCCUCUCGGCGGCCCGUCCCCGAAGCGCAGGGCGUGAUCAGCGGGGCCGUGUUCCUGAUCAUCCUCUUCUGCUUCAUCCCCGUGCCCUUCCUGAGGUGCUUCGUGGAGGAGCAGUGCGCGGCAUUUCCUUACGACGAGUUUGUGGAGCUCAUCGGUUCGCUCCUCGCCAUCUGCUGCAUGAUUUUCCUGGGCUUUGCAGAUGACGUUCUGAAUCUGCGCUGGCGCCACAAGCUCCUUCUUCCUACCAUGGCCUCCCUCCCGCUGCUCAUGGUUUACUUCACCAACUUUGGGAACACGACCAUCGUGGUGCCUAAGCCCUUCCGGGUGCUGCUGGGCAUGCGCUUGGACCUGGGUAUCCUCUACUACGUCUACAUGGGCAUGCUAGCAGUGUUCUGCACUAACGCCAUCAACAUUCUCGCUGGAAUUAAUGGAAUCGAAGCAGGGCAGUCGCUGGUGAUAGCCGCUUCCAUUAUCAUCUUCAACAUCGUAGAGUUAAACGGGGAUUAUCGAGAUGAUCACAUUUUUUCUCUCUACUUCAUGAUUCCCUUUUUUUUUACCACGCUGGGGCUGUUUUACCACAACUGGUACCCAUCUCGAGUGUUUGUCGGGGACACCUUCUGCUACUUUGCCGGCAUGACCUUCGCCGUGGUGGGGAUCUUGGGGCACUUCAGCAAAACGAUGCUGCUUUUUUUCAUCCCGCAAGUGCUCAACUUCCUCUACUCGUUGCCUCAACUCUUCCACGUCAUUCCUUGUCCCCGCCACCGGCUGCCAAGGCUCAACCCUAGUACAGGGAAGUUGGAGAUGAGCUACUCCAAAUUCAAAACUAAGAGCCUCUCUGCCCUGGGAACAAACAUUCUGAAGGCAGUCAAGAUCUUGCACGUAGUAGAUGUGAGGAGUGGAACGGAUGAAGAUGGUGAAUACACAGAGUGCAAUAAUAUGACUCUUAUUAACUUUGUUAUAAAGCUGAUUGGACCCACCCACGAGCGAAAUCUCACUCUCCUGUUGCUACUCAUUCAGGUCCUGGGCAGCGCGAUUGCGUUUUCAAUCCGGUACCAACUAGUGCGCUUGUUUUAUGACGUCUGACUGGGCUGUCGAGAGCAGGGGAAAGAGUUGUACCCGCCAGUCAGUUUUCUCCAGUUGCUGACCAAAUGAUUCAACUGAUCUUACUCCGGCCCCCCAAGAACCUCAGGACACCUGUCAAAAUGCAAGCAACUACUCUGCGUGGGCGAGUCUUGAACCGUAAUAGUCUUUUUUUUUUUUUUUUUUGCGCACAGAAGGCUUUUGUCCGGUUCCGCUGACAGAAAAGAUUUGCUGCUACUUGGACAUCAUUAUUAGUGGGAAUACCUUUCAGAGGGGAAGUAAAUGACCCUAAUGUUUACUCACAGCACUUGGGGAAAGUGGGAAAGAUGAAACCUCUAUACAUCUAACAAGCACAUUACGGUUCCCUGAGAGAGGAAACAGGAACUUCGGUUUCUGUGAGACUCUGUACAGCAGAACAAGAAAACCAGAAUCCUCUCUGGCUUCUCCAGUCCUGUCUUUGGCCCGCGAACAUAAGAGUAGCAUGUUAUAAACCAUACCCAAACCUCAGAGCGCUCUGAGAAUAAAAUAACUCAUGGUA